AUGGAGAUUUCUAGCUUCAAAUGCUUAGCUGAUUUGGGAAUGGGAGACCCUUUUCUCAUGCAGCAAUGGCCUCAUGUCGACUCCAUCGGCGACCUUAGCUCCAUCUCUACGAAUUCAACGUUUUCCGAAGGCUAUAAUAUCGACACUAAUCAAUCUUAUUAUUAUGAUAAUAAUAAUAAUAACACGAUGAGCUCCCAUCAACCGGUGCUCGACUUCGACUAUAGCAACGUUAGACCAUCAAAACAGCUCAAAAUCGCGAAAGAUGACCGUUUUUCGUGCUCUCCCCCUUCGGAUAGUGUUAAUUUGGUCAACUCAGGGCUCGUGAAACCGAAAGAGGAAACUUGGUAUAAUUCUUCGGGUGGGGCCCUCAACUUCUCUUCUCCCGAGUCGGUUAUCUCGACCGGGAGCCAAAAUCACGUGCUGAAGAGGGCGAGCACAGGAGCUAACGGCAGCCGGCUUCCACAGGAUCAUAUUAUGGCUGAGAGGAAAAGGAGGGAGAAGCUUAGCCAGAGAUUUAUUACACUGGCCACUCUUGUUCCUGGUUUGAAAAAGAUGGACAAAGCCUCUGUUCUUGGUGAUGCAAUCAACCACAUAAAACAACUCCAAGAAAAAGUGAAGGCCCUUGAGGAGCAAACCAGAAAGAAGAGUACAAUAGAGUCCAUGGUUUUGGUGAGAAAAUACGAAGUCACGUGCGCGGCCCACAGCAGCAGCGAGAACUCGACCACGGACGAGCAGAGCAUCUCGAGCGGGCCAACGACCACAGAAUCAUUCCCGGAGAUCGAGGCCCGGUUUUGCCACCGAGAUGUCCUAAUCAGCAUCCACUGUGGGAAGAGAAAAGGGGUUCUUGAAAAGACGGUGGCUGAGAUUGAGAAACUCCAUUUAUCAGUUGUUAACAGCAGUAUCAUGAGCUUUGGAGAUUCAGCUCUCAAUAUCACAGUUGUUGCACAGAAGGACGGCGAGUCGGAUAUGUCGAUGAAGGAGCUAGUGCAGAAUUUACGAGGCGCGCUCAAGAUAUUCGUGUGA